GUUUACUUUGUUUGUUGUUGAUUCUUAUUUAGAUUGUUAAUCUCAUUUGUCUAAAUGUUUCUGUGACAAUUAGUUAAUUGUUUUACUCUGUUUCUUUAGCAAUAAUGUCUAAAAAGAUGAACAUGAUUCCUAGUUACCGAUAUAACAAUGGAAUCUUUGUCUACGGUGUUAAAUUGUUUCGUUUGAUUAGUUUUGUAAUGUAUGGAUUUGCCAUCGGUUGGAUUAACACUCAUCCCUCUGUCCCUCCGUACGAAAGUGUUGGUGCUUUUGGUGGUUCCCUUAAAUUUUUAACUUAUUGGAAUCUAUUGACACAAUUUAUCCUUUUUACCUUAAUCAAUUACUGUGAUUUUUUCCUGCUCUCAUCGGAUGGAACCUUUAAACAUAAUCAAUCGUCAAGUGUAUUAAUUAAACUGAGAGACAUUGUUCACCAUGGACUUGCCUUACCAUUAGGAUUGUUGAUUCAUCAAAUUGUAAACGAUUUCAGCUCAACGAUUGUCUUUCAAAUUUGGAUGAUUAAAUUGUAUCUGCACGUAAAAUGGCAACAACAAAUGGUGAUACAAAUGUAAUCAAAAGUGGACAUUGGUCAAGCCCUACUCUCAAUUCAUCCUCAUCCAUCUCAUCCACUGAAUAUUUAUCAUCAAAUGGUCACAGUGGCAGUGAUAAUACCAAUGGAAAUGGUUUCCCUUUUAAUGGCUCCCUUACCAUUGAACCUCAAAAUGGUUAUGAGAUAAUGACCUUUGAACCUAAGUGGACAUCGUCCAAGAUUCACAUUGCCUCGGAUCCACCUUUUUGUAAAACCUGUGAACAAUUAGAUACAACUUUUUUCAACAUCCAAUGUCACAAUUGUCGCGAAAUAUUGACCAAUCCAGAGACAACGAUAUCACAAUUAUUUGCCAUUCUAAGACAAUGGGUACCCCAAAUACAAUAUUGCAUUGAACUAUUGGUCAAGGAAAUACUUAAACGAGGUGCCCAUCAUAAUGACAAAGAUGGACUUACCGAUAUGACGUUACUUCAUUAUGCCUGUAAAGCGGGUUCAUCAGGGGUUGGUGAUGUUCGAGCUGCCCUUCGAACAGUUCAUCUUCUCAUCUCAAAAGGAGCUGAUAUCGGUAUUAGAUGCCGAUGGACAGAUAUGGCAGCUAUUCAUUAUGCCGUUUAUUUUGAUGUCUCAGAAAUUGUUGACUACCUAUUGACCAUUAGCGAUCGAACCUGUAUCGAUGAUGUUUGCCAUGACUUCGAGGGUGGGACACCUUUACACAUCGCAGCGGCCAAUUUAUGUAUCGAUUCAGUUAAAGUGCUUCUUAAACAUGGAGCAAAUGUAUUAUUAAAAGAUGAUCACGGACGAACUGCUCUUGACUGUGUUCCCGACCCAACUACCCUUCUUAAUUCAAGUAUACUCGCCAAACAAGGGGCCGUUGAAGUGGCCAUUGAACUAAGAGCGCUCCUCGAGAAAGCAUUUCUAGCCACAAUUCCUGGUGAAACGUUUACCUUUGAAGGUCCAGUUACAGGUAAAGUUGUUCUUCAAGCACUAGGAUUACAAUUAGGGGAUAAGGUGGUUAUCAACGGUGUUAAAUCGGGUAUCUUAAGAUUCUGUGGUGCGACACAAUUUGCACCCGGAAUUUGGGCUGGAGUUGAACUCGAAGAGCCCGAGGGUAAACACGAUGGUAACUUUCAAGGAGUAACUUAUUUUAGAUGUCCACCUAAUCAUGGUAUCUUCGCACCGAUAAGUAAAAUAUGUAAAUACGAUAACCUUUGGCGAAACGUUAAAGGUACAAGUCAAACAAUACGAAUCGUUAAUCAUCCGGGAGUUGAUGUGUCUCAUGUUACACCGAAAGUUGAGACAGGUCUUAAUUCAUUGAAAUAUCGAACUGCCAAUGUUGCCGAAGUUGGAGAUAGAGUUAUAUUGACCGAUAAACGAAUUGGUGUUGUCCGUUUUGUCGGCGAAACAUCAUUCGCUUCGGGUAUUUGGUAUGGAAUUGAAUUAUCAAAGGCGAUCGGUAAAAAUGAUGGAUCCGUUGAGGGAGUUAAAUAUUUUGAUUGUAAACCAUUACAUGGACUAUUUGUACCACCGGGAAGGAUAUUAAGGGUCACCAAGAAUAUGAAUCAUUCCUUAUCCUCGAACAAUAAUAAUAAUAAUCAUUACCAAUCGACACCAAAUGAUAAGACAAUUGCUGAUGAUGAAAGCUCAGAAUGUAGUUUAACUCUAAGUCGAAGUUCAUCUGAAAGAGCCAAAAGUCCACUAUCAAUGCGUCGAUUACGAUCCCGUUCAUCUCUUAAAUCAUCAUCAUUCUCACCAACCUCUUAUCCUCAUUCAUCAAUAUACAAUCAUAAUAAUUCAUCAUCAUCUUUAUCAUCACCAAUUAAUAAUUAUAAUAACAACCCAAACUCUUUACUAUUAUCAGCACCUCCGUCGUCCUGGUUGACCCUUGGAGUAAAUGUUUUCGUUAACAAUGAGGUUGGAGUUGUGAGGUAUAUUGGUCCAGUCGAUUUUGCUCAAGGUACUUGGCUUGGAUUAGAAUUGAGAAGUGCCAAUGGCAAAAACGACGGUUCCGUCCAGGGUAAACGGUAUUUCACUUGUAAACCAGGUCACGGUCUUUUGGUUAGGCCAAAAAAAGUGUCCGUUCGUGGUAUCAAUGGAGCUAAAUUAUUACCCGAUGAUUGAAUCUCUUUAAAAUAUGAGCGUUUAUUUUUGCAGCAUUUAAUUGAUCUAGAAUCAUGUUGAUCAAUUUGUCAAUAUUCACCAUCUACGUCAACAAUAAUUUAAUAUUAUCAAUUGCACUUUGAUUGAAAUUUACCCUUUCAUUCAUAUACAUGUAACAAUCAAAUUGAAUCACAAUCAAACCACUGAAACUUAAACUCGAUCAAUACAGAUCAUCAAAUAUCA